GUCAUUUGCAAACGCAAUUUGAAUUUUGUGUAGGCUUGCCGUUAUUUUAAUUUUAUAAGCAGUAAUAGAAAAAAUAGGAAAACAAUAAUAAAAUAGUAAUAUGUGAGAUAGUGAAAAGCGUUAACACAAAUCGAAACAGACAAAACUCAUUAUUUGUGGAUAUUUUGUUAUAUUUCUUCGUUAGUAACAGAGCCUAUAAGAAAUUUUGAAAUAUAUAUCUGAGCUCCACUCUUGCGAUUCAGAAGAGCCGCAUAUUACUCUUUUCAAAGAGAUCUAUUUGAGACAAAUAUAACCGAUUAAAUCAACCGAUAACCAUGGAGACUUCCACGCCAAUGCCCAGUCUUGCUACCGAUCUACGUCGACGGACUUUGUUGAAAAAUGCAGCCCAAAUGUCGCCUCUUCGAAAAUCUAUGAACGUAUCCCUCAACGCCUCAUUACUCGAGGAAUCAAACGAUGACGAAGAGAGAUCGGACAGGAGAAACCAGCAGGACAUCCACAAAAGACUUUCUAACCUACCUCAACGUCCAUCUCCAAUGAAUGAAUCGUUCAUCAAGGAACAGUUUAUUAUCUGCACACAUCUUUUUACAGAAAAUAAAAUCAACUCAAAGAAUGCAUGGAAACUACAGAUCAUAGAUUUGCUGAAACCAUUAUGCCAGAAAUCAAACAAAGACACCUUACAAGUGGCAAGCACGUCUAUAGACAUAAGCGCAAAGGUAUACGGAAUCCGAGUGGACGACAUCCACUCCGAAGGCCUCAAACUGGCUAACAGCAUGGCAAGAGUGUCGGAGAGGAUGCCAGCUGAAGGAGAUGAUGAAGAUGGUGUUGAGAAUGAUGGCGACCGCCCAGACGAGGAGGGGAACACUCAGAAAAAAAAGAAGAAGAAAAAACGCGUGAAUUUGUCCGGGAAGAAAUGCACAGUAUCCGACAGUUCUAAAACUCACUGCGGCCCCUUACCAAAACUGGAACCGAUCGAAUUUACCACAAGAGUAAAUGCUGAUACGGGCACCAUGGAGAAUCUAUACACAAACACAUUCAAGGAAAGCUCAGAUUCUUUCCUGUUGCUCAAUAAAACUAAAACCAUGCUUGACGAUAAGGACAUGACGAUACAAAACAAAGAAAAUAUUUUAUUUCAUUCUCUGCCACCCUUACCCGCACAAGUAACCAAAAUAAAUUAUCCCUUUAGUGAUUUCAGGCUGGAUGAAUGGGAUCCCGACAAUGAGGAAAAACAGUAA